UUAAUUAUUCAUGACAGUCAGCUAUAGACAAAACUUUACUCCUGGUAGCCCGAAUCACCGACAGUCCCUGAACGCAGCAGCUGGCUAAGUGAAGAUGGCGAACUGUAUACGUGUUCCUCGACUCCUGCUUUUCAUGUGCUCCUUGUCGGUUUUCCACCCGUCCCUGGCAGACAACAACGGUUUCGCCAAAGCUAGGCCCAAUGCCGCUAACCCACAGAACCAGAAGCCAGGUGUCGCGGGUCCGGCAGCGAUGAAUGUGGUAGCCGCUGAGAGGAACCUUGGCGCCGGGGCCUCGGCGCAGAGGAAGCGUUCUGCCGGCUGGAAGUUGUCUGAGGAGGCGGUAUGCAGGGACGACCUGACUCGGCUGUGUUCGAAGGAGUCCUGGGACAACAACCUGGAGCUGCUUGUGUGCCUCCAGGACAAGAAAGAGGACACUGAGAUUGCUCCUGAAUGCAACCAUCUGCUGUGGAACUACAAGUACAAUUUGACCACUGACCCUAAGUUUGAGUCUGUUGCUGUGGAGGUCUGCAGGUCCACCAUCUCUGAGAUUAAAGAAUGUGCAGCGGAGGAGUUGGGGAAGGGGUACCUUGUGUCCUGCCUGGUGGAUCACCGCAGCAACAUCAGCGACUACCAGUGCAACCAGUACAUCACCAAGAUGGCCACCAUCGUCUUCAGUGACUACCGCCUCCUUUGCGGCUUCAUGGACAAGUGUCGCGAAGACAUUGAUGCUUUGCGAUGUGGCAGCAUCAGCACUGGAGAGAAGGACAUCCACUCACAGGGUGAGGUCAUUGCCUGUCUGGAGAAAGGUUUGGUGCGGGAGGCAGAAGAACAGCCGGGGGCACAUCCCAUCAAGGACGAGUGCAAAAAGUCCAUCAUGAGGGUGGCAGAGCUCUCCUCUGAUGACUUCCACCUGGAUCGCUACCUGUACUUCGCCUGCCGCGAGGACCGUGAGCGCCUCUGUGAAAACACGUUGGCGGGCGAGGGGCGAGUUUACAAGUGUCUCUUCAAUCACAAGUUUGAGGAGGUCAUGUCUGAGAGGUGUCGUGAGGCACUGACCACCAGGCAGAAGCUGAUCGCUCAGGACUACAAAGUAAGCUACUCGCUGGCCAAAGCUUGCAAGUCAGACCUGAGGAAGUACCGCUGCAGCAUGGACAGCGGCAUGCCUCGAGCCAGAGAGGCACGUCUGUCCUACCUGCUGCUCUGCCUUGAGUCGGCCGUGCAUCGCGGUCGCAUGGUCAGUGGCGAGUGCCAGGGCGAGAUGAUGGACUAUAGGAGGAUGCUGAUGGAGGACUUCUCUCUCAGCCCAGAGAUCGUCCUCCACUGUCGCAGCGAGAUCGAGGGUCACUGCUCUGGUCUGCACCGCAAAGGUCGAACACUGCACUGCCUGAUGAGGGUGGGCCGAGGAGACAUGGGCGCCAUUGAUACCAACUGUCAGAGGGCGCUCCAGAAUUUGAUCCAGGAGGCAGACCCAGGAGCAGAUUACCGCAUUGAUCGUGCUUUAAACGAAGCCUGUGAGUCUGUCAUCCAGACAGCCUGCAAACACAUCCGAAAUGGAGACCCCAUGAUCCUGUCAUGUCUGAUGGAGCAUCUGUACACAGACAAGAUGGUGGAGGACUGUGAGCACAGGCUACUGGAGCUGCAGUACUUCAUCGCACGAGACUGGAAGCUAGACCCGAUCCUCUUCAAGAAGUGUCAGGGCGACGCAGCGCGACUCUGCCACACACAAGGCUGGAACGAGACCAGUGAGAUGAUGCCGCCCGGCGCCAUCUUCUCCUGCUUGUACCGCCACGCCUACCGCUCAGUGGAGCAGGGGCGCAGGUUGUCCCGGGACUGCAAGGUGGAGGUGCAUAGGAUCCUCCACCAGAGGGCGCUGGAUGUGAAGCUGGACCCUGAGUUGCAGAGACGCUGCAUGACUGACCUGGGCAAGUGGUGCAGCGAGAAGACUGAGGCGGGACAGGAACUAGAGUGUCUUCAGGACCACCUGGAGGAUCUGGUGUCAGACUGUCGGAACGUAGUGGGCAAUCUGACGGAGCUGGAGUCUGAGGACAUCCAAAUCGAGGCACUGCUCAUGCGAGCCUGCGAACCCGUCAUCCAGGCCUAUUGUCAUGAGGUGGCUGACAACCAGAUUGACUCAGGUGACCUGAUGGAGUGUUUGGCACAGAACAAACACCAGAAGGAGAUGAAUGAAAAGUGCUCAGUGGGAGUGACACACUUCCAACUGAUUCAGAUUAAAGACUUCCGCUUUUCCUACAAAUUCAAGACGGCCUGCAAGGAAGACGUUCUCAAACUGUGUCCCAACAUCAAAAAGAAGGUGGACGUAGUGAUCUGCCUCAGCACCACAGUGAGGAACGACACCCUGCAGGACACUAAGGAGCAGCGUGUGUCAGUCAAAUGUCGCAAACAGCUGCGUGUGGAGGAGGUGGAGAUGUCUGAGGACAUCCGUCUGGAACCAGAACUGUACGAGUCCUGUAAGCAGGACAUCAGCCACCUGUGUCAAAAUGUGGCCUUUGGCAAUGCACAGGUCAUCGAGUGUCUGAAGGAGAACAAACGGCAGCUGACUCAACGUUGUCACCAGAAGAUCUUCAAACUUCAGGAAGUGGAGAUGGUGGAUCCCGAACUCGACUAUCAGCUGAUGAGAGUCUGCAAGCACAUGAUCAGGCGGUUUUGCACAGAAUCAGAGAGCAAGAACGUUCUUCAGUGUCUAAAACAGAAUAAGAACAGCGAGAUGAUGGAUCCAAAGUGCAAACAGAUGAUCACUAAGCGUCAGAUCACGCAGAACACAGACUACAGGCUGAACCCGGUUCUGAGGAAGGCCUGCAAAGCCGACAUUCCCAAGUUCUGCCAGCCCAUUUUGAACAAGGCGACGGCAGACAGCGAGCUGGAGGGGCAGGUCAUCGCGUGCCUCAAACUCAAAUAUGCAGACCAGCGUCUGUCAUCAGACUGCGAAGAUCAGAUCCGGGUCAUCUUGCAGGAAUCAGCACUGGACUACCGACUGGACCCUCAACUGCAGAUCUACUGCACUCAAGAGAUCGCGCGCCUGUGUCCGGAGGAGGCAGCAGCACAGGAGCAGACAGGACAGGUGGAGGAGUGUCUGAAGCUCAACCUGCUCAAAAUCAAAAAGGAAGACUGCAAAAAGGAGGUGUUAAACAUGCUGAAGGAGAGCAAGGCAGACAUAUUUGUUGACCCGGUCCUGCACACAGCCUGCGCCCUUGACAUCAAGCACCACUGUGCUGCUAUCCCACCCGGCAGGGGACGCCAGAUGUCGUGCUUAAUGGAGGCGCUGCAAGACAAGCGUGUGCGUCUUCAGCCUGAGUGCAAGAAGAGGCUUCAGGACCGCAUUGACAUGUGGAGCUUCGCUGCUAAGGUGGCUCCCGCUGAGGGCUUCUCAGACCUGGCCAUGCAGGUGAUGACGUCGCCGUCCAAGAACUACAUCCUGACCAUGAUCGGCGCUGUGGUGACACUGCUCUUCCUGAUGGGGAUCCUCUGUGGCAGAAUCACCAAGCGCGUCACUCAGGAGCUGAAGGACAGGUAGACCAUGCCCACUCCGGGGUUUGGACACGCACACAGGAGAAUUGACCGCCGCCAUUGACCCCAAGUCCUCCACGCGGCUGUCCAUGUUGACGCAACUCCCCAACGCCCCCACCCUCCUGGAUGGCAAACCACUGUCUCUGUUAGCCCGCCUGCUGUUAUGGAGGCCCCGCCCCCUAUUACAGCAUUGUUUUGUCCUUCAGUAGAGACACCCCCUUUACCCCUUUCUGCUAGGGAGUCUAGGGCUGGGGUCUCGGGGUCAGAGGUCAAGACGUGAGAGUGUAAAUGUGUAGAAAGUGUGACAUGAAAAGCUCAUCUUUAGAACGCUUUAAUGACUCCAGUGUUUUUGUGUGUAAGUGAGAAAAAUGUGCAUCAUUGUUUUCUCCUUUGUCCAACUUAAGGUCAGAGGUCAUUUGUUUUGUUUUUGUGGCUGUUUUGAUUUUAACGCUAUGUGACUGAACCAGCCCCCACUCACUGUGACGCCAGAUCUACCCCCUCCAUCCUCAUUGUGUCACAGCUUUACUUAUGCACUCCUUUUUGUUCCACGCCCCCACCCGUGCCAUAAACACAGUACAUGCCCUGCUCUCUGCUUGGCGACAUCCGUGCAUACAUCGUAUGUGUCGUCAUGUUAGAGAGGCGGGACUGCGGGAUGUGUCAUCUUGUUUUGAAGGUAAGAAACCUGUUGGGCUUUCCUAUGAGAUCCUUAGUGCAGUGCAGGAAUUGCGGGGGUCCUUAUUGUAGCGAUGCAAAGAUUAAGAGGAAUCACUGCACAGUUAGGUUUUUCUCUAACUAUUAUAUAUUGCUCAUAGCCUUAUUUAUUUGUUUGCGAAUGUUCCCUGGUGGCCUUUUAUCAGUGAGUGAGGCACAAUGAUGGCAGGCGAUUGGGUCUUCUGGCACCAUUGUUCAAAUGUUAAAUGACUUUUGAUGUCAGAGAAUGCCAUCUUGCCAUUUUAGUUGAGAAUCAAUGCUUCACUGAUGGCAUUCACUUUCUGGCAACUUCCUGCUCUUAUGUCCUUUUUUUUUAUGCUGUCGUAAUGCCGCACACCUACUCUCCAAUCCCACGGCCAAACAUCAGGCUGCAGUAACCUCCCAGAACCCUUGGUGUGGACAGAUGAAAGUUUGAGUGUGACUUCUAUUUGUACUUGUCCAGUGACGACUAGAUGAGAUUUAUUUGGUGUGAAAGAAAAUGUGUUUGUAAACAUUUUUGUUUUGUGUCCGAAUGAUGGAGCUUUUGUCCACUUUUUUCAUUUUUUUUUUAUUUCUGCUCUUUUUGUUGUGUACAGAUGAAAAUUUGGGCAGUUUGUUGAUAAUAAAGUCUGCAAGGUUUCUA